CCGUCUCGUUCUUGCACCGUUUGACAUUUGUUUACGGAUUUGUUUACAUUUUUUUUUUCAUUUGUAAAUAAAUCCAGAUCCAAACAGAUCGGAUCGAUAUCGUCGCAGUAAGCGAUGCAGAUUGGUUCGGGAAACGUAUUGCAGUUUUAGCUCUUCCACCAUGACUGCCGAGCUGUAUCGGUGUAGCUUCACAUGGCCACGGGUAGAAGGCAGCAUAGAAAAACAAAUAACACCCCAAGUAUCCACAACUGCAACUCCGGAUUUUGUACCACUGGAAGAACUUCUCGAUCUGGACAUGUGCUUGAUAUUAUCCAAAUCCGACGAGCAGGAAGCUUGUGAAAUGCGACUCACAAUCGCUCCACUGUACCUUCCGCGGGCAGUUUCACUGGUGGUUGAAUGUCCGAUAAUUGAAUGUUAUUAUGGCGGGUUGAACGAAUACUUCAGUACCUAUCACGGUGAGCUAGUGUACACACUUGAGGAUGUGAAGGUAUUCCGAUUUGAUAUACGCAUUGCAAUGGAUAUUAAUGAGCUGCAGCUGAAAUUCAUCUCGAGUGAAAAUGGACCGCUCUGUCUGUACGGUACACGGCUGUAUCUGACACGCAAUACCGAUCCCUUGCGUACAAUGAUGACGAUGAUGGGAGGAAGGAAAAUUGAUCCAGUAGCCGUACAGCACCGCUUACAAGCCACCGACUUAUCUGAGAAGGCAGAAAAAUGCAAGCGUUUGAUUCUUGGUUCGAUGAUUUCGUCGGAACAAAACAUUGUGAACAAUAAUGCUCUACCGGAAGGCUCCACUAAACAUCCAACUUGUACAGUAUCAGAUGAAACAGAUAAUAGUAGUUUGCCGAAUCUCUUUAGCGAGAUGAAACUUUUCCCGGGAUCCGAUCGGACACAAAACACUGCACUAAUGGAAGCUGCCAUGAAGCAGUAUAUAGAUGCAAAGUUUAGCGAAUUACAACAAAUGCUAGAUAACCGGCUGUCCGUGUUAGAGACUCGCCAAAAUGCAAAGCUCGACCGAAUACUAGCACUGUUGCAGGAGAAAGUAAAUGAUUCUACAACUAAUGUACAAUAAAUGUGUGUGUGCCAGUGCCCUGGUGUCCCAUUAUGGGACAGAUAGCACAA